CUGCGUGUGUGUGGAGUUGGUGUGUGGAGUGUGUGUAUGCGCACGCUGGGACGGCUCAUGUGAGGAGCGAGGGCUAGAUUUGAGUGCCAUAAAAUACCAGGUUGUGUUUUCCCUCCCUCGGUCACCGCUCAGAUGAAGAAAUGGCAGCUGAAUCAACCCGGAGAUUCACCAAGAACCUGCUGAAACCGGGGAGCGCAGCGGAGAUACGGCAGACAGCGUGCAACGCAGUCAGACACUCCGCAGUGACGCAAGAGAAGCCUAAGCUGAUUGAUCCUCUCGACUAUGAGGCUGUCAUUUCUGAACUGGGAGACGAACUGAAAGAAGACCCUCUCAGAGACCUGCUCCUCUUCCCUGACAAUGACUUCUCGGUGUCCACGGUGCCUCAGGAGAGACGGACUCUCAACUCCACUGUCCCUGAGGGGGCAGAGUUACAGGCUGAAUGUCUGCUGGUCAGACAGGCCUGCAAGUACUACAACUCGGAUCUAAAUGUGGUCCAGUUCAAGUAUGAUGACUACGCUGGAGACUAUCGCUUGCUGCCCAGGAAACUAUAUAAAGCAGAAAAGCUGCCAUCCCAUUCUUUUGAGAUUGACCAUGAAGACAUGGACAAGGAUGAGGACACCACCUCCCUGUCGUCAUCCAAAGGAGGUGGGGGUGGAGGAGGAGGAGGAGGGAUUGGUGUGUUUCGGUCAGGCUGGCUCUACAAAGGGAACUUUAACAGCACUGUCAACAAUAGUAUCACUGUUCGGUCAUUCAAGAGGAGGUAUUUCCAGCUUACUCAGCUGACUGACAACUCCUACAUCAUGAACUUCUACAAAGAUGAGAAGAUCUCCAAGGAACCCAAAGGAUGCAUUUUCCUUGAUUCAUGCACUGGUGUAGUACAGAAUAACCGCCUGAGGAAGCAUGCCUUUGAGCUGAAGAUGAAUGAGGUGACGUACUUUGUUUUGGCUGCGGAGAGCGAGCAGGAUAUGGAGGAGUGGAUCAGCACUUUGACCCGCAUCCUACAGAUCAGCCCCCAUGACGGGCCUGUUCCAGACCGCAAGAGUCUGGACCUCACUGACCAUCGACAGGAUGUGUUUGACCUGUCACUCGGUGAUGGCUCUUUGCAAGAGAGUGAAGAAACUACAGAGAAUGGCAUCAAUCCAGAGUUGGCUAAGUACAUCUCUGAGACGGAGGAGGGUGUUCGCUCUGCCAGGAGAGAAGAGAGGCUGAAUCUGUUCUCACUAGACCCCGAUACUCCUGUCUUGAGGAGCCCGCGAGGAGACUGUCCUUCAGCUGAGAGUGCAUCAGUGCGGCCAUUUGAGGAGAAGCUGGGCAGAAGGUUCAUGAUAACCUGUCGAUCCCUCAACCUCACGCUACAGGGCUGUGUCAAUGAGACUGAAACUGGACCCGUCACCAAUAUUGAGCCCUUUUUUGUGACAGUGGUUCUGCUGGAUGUUCGGGAAGGGAGGAAGGUGUCGGCAGACUUCCACGUAGACCUCAACCACGAGGCAGUUCGUCAGAUGCUGGGAGGCUGCAGUAAUGGGACAGGGGGUCCAGGGACAGGGCUUGGACUGGGUCAGGAGAACGGCCUGAGCUCCCCUGCUGAGAAGAAGCCAGGGGACUGUUUCCUCAGUUUGGAAAUGGAGCACUGGCUACAAUUUCCCAAACAGGCCAUCUUCUCAGUGACGAACCCCCACCCAGACAUAGUGAUGAUGGCCAGGGUGGAGAAGGUGCUGAUGGGAAAUAUUACUUGUGGGGCUGAACCUUAUAUCAAGAAUGCAGACUCCAGCAAGACUGUCCAGAAGAUGUUGAAGUCCAACAAGCAGUUCUGUAGUAAACUGGGAAAGUACCGUAUGCCAUUUGCUUGGUCUGUCAGGUCAGUGUUUAAAGACAACCAGGGGACGUUAGACAGAGAGUCCCGUUUCUCACCUCUCUACAAGCAGGAGAGCAACAAGAUUUCCACAGAUGACCUGAUUAAGCUGGUGUCUGAGUAUAGGAGAGCUGAGAAGACCAGCAAGCUGCAGACUAUUCCUGGGAAUCUGGACAUCACUGUAGACUACGUCCCUAUGGAGCAUCCUAACUGUGUGACAUCAUCCUAUGUACCAGUUAAGCCCUUUGAAGAACUGAGCCGACACCCGCCUACAGUGGAGGUGGAGGAGUUUGUUCAGGACACCACCAAGUUUACCCAGCCACACCGUGUCUACAGGAAUCACAUCUAUGUCUACCCCAAACACCUCAAGUAUGACAGCCAGAAGAGCUUCGCCAAGGCUCGUAAUAUUGCAGUCUAUGUGGAGUUUCGUAGCUCAGAUGAGGAAGUUGCCAAACCUUUAAAGUGCAUCUAUGGCAAGCCAGGAAGUCCAGUCUUCACCACAGCAGCCUCUUCCACAGUCCUACAUCACUGCCAGAACCCCGACUUCUACGAUGAGGUGAAGAUUGAGCUUCCAACCCAGCUCCAUGAAAAACAUCAUAUUCUCUUCUCUUUUUACCAUGUCACUUGUGACAUCAAUGCCAAGACCAAUGCUAAGAGGAAAGAAGCUCUAGAGACCCCAGUGGGGUAUUCCUGGCUGCCUCUCCUCAGAGAAGGUCGUCUGGCAUCUCAGGAGUUCAACAUCCCCGUCUCCUGUAAUCUUCCUCCAGGAUACCUGGCCGUAAAAGAACCCAGCAAUGCCAAGAAUGGAGCAGAUGUGAAAUGGGUAGAUGGAGGAAAACCAAUCUUCAAAGUGUCCACCAACGUUCUCUCCACAGUCUACACUCAGGACCCCCACCUGAACCGAUUCUUCCAGCAAUGCCAGAAGAGAGAGCUGGACCUCUCGCUACCUCCUAACUCCAACUUCCUCAACUGCCUUAAGGGUCUCCUAAGUAUGGAGAGAAUCCCAGUGAUCAUCCGGUUUCUACCGGUGUUAUUCAACCAGCUGUUCAAGGUUCUGACUCAAAAUGACAACGAUGAGGUUACUACUGCCACCACCAGAGUGCUGGUCCACAUUGUCGCAAAGUGCCACGAGGAAAAUCUGGACCACUACCUGCACUCGUAUAUCAAGUAUGUGUUCAAGUCAGAGGCCCAUGGCUUCAGGACAGUCCAUGAAGAGCUGGCUAAAGGGAUGACCUUUGACCUGAAGAGCAACGAGCAGGCAGCCGUCAAGAAUGUCCUAAGGUUUUCCUGGUUCUUCUUUGAGCUGAUUGUCAAGUCCAUGGCCCAGCAUUUGGUCGACUCUGACAAACUCAAGCUACCUAGGCCCCAGCGGUUUCCCUCGUCCUAUCUGAACCGAGUAGAAACCCUGCUGGAGACGGUCUCUGACCACGUCUUCUGGAAGAACAAAGACCUGGCAGAGGAGACACGCAGCGCCAACUUGGCUGUGGCAGCUUUUGUCAAGCGUUGCUUUACUGUGAUGGACAGAGGCUUCACCUUCAAACUGAUUAGCAGCUACAUCAACAUGAUCACCGCUACUGACAGCAAGGUUUUGUGUGAGCUGAAGUUUGAGUUUUUGAGGGAGGUGUGUAACCACGAACACUACAUUCCCCUCAGCCUGCCUCUGCCCUCUGCUCGCAUCACAGACCAUGCAUCUCCAGAGCCACAAAGUACCCAUGUGUCAGUGCCAGAGUACAGUCUGACUGGGGAGUUCUGCAGGAAGCACUUCCUAACUGGCCUGUUGCUACGGGAACUGGGGCUGGCUCUACAGGAUGAGCAGGACCUGAGGCACCUAGCCCUGGCCACCCUGAAGACGCUAAUGGCCAAACACUCUCUGGAUGCACGCUAUGCCACCAAGGAGAAGCAGGCAAGGAUUGCAUCUCUGUACCUGCCUCUGUAUGGCCUGAUCCUGGACAACAUGCCUCGAUUCUUCCUCAGGGACCUCUUCCCCAUCUACUUCACCUCUAGUGACCAGGGCUCCAGGGAUGACCUUAGUGUUGGAGGGGGAGUGGCUGGAGGAGUGACUCAUGUAACUCGCCAUGGCAACUCUGUGGAUGCCUCUUUCUCCAAAGAAGUGCUCAACUCCAUCACAGCCUUCUCAUCUUUGGCAGUUGCCACGGGUAACCAGGCCGACUCUCGGGGCUCUCUGAUCAGCGUGGACUCCAACCCUAGCAACAGUGACAGGAACAGUGAGAAGAUGGAUGGAUGUGAGAAGUUUGCCCGGCCUCAGUCCCUGAUAGGCUAUGGCUCUCGAUGUGACAAGCUGGACCAGGCAGAGACACGCAGCCUCCUCAUGUGCUUCCUGCACAUCAUGAAAACCAUAUCUGAGGAUGUGCUGGUGUCCUACUGGCACAGGGCCAUUCACCAGGAGAUCUCAGACUUCUUCAACAUCCUGGAGCUUUGUCUUCAGCACUUCAGGUUCCUUGGAAAACGCCACAUAGCCAGGAAGCUAGCGGCGGCAGUAAAGCUGGCCCAGUCCACCCAGGCCAAUGGCACCCUGAAGGGCUCUAACCAGCACCCCCACCCCUCCCAGUCCUCUCAACCCUCAGGCCUCUUCCCACAAUGGAUGGCAUCAUCAGGUGGAGAAGGCCACCGGCAUGCCCGCUCCCAGACAAUGCCCAUCAUCAGGGGCAAGAACGCCCUUACCAACCCGAAGCUGCUGCAGAUGAUGGAGACAGAUGGGAAUAUUCCAGAAGGGGACACACUAAGUCCUACAGAUAUCGAAGCCAACCUUUCCACUGAGGUGGCUCUUACCGUGCUGGAUGUCUUAGGCCUCUUUGUUCACCAUCACAAGAAGCAGCUACUGAUGGAUGACGGACAGAAUGCGUUGAUGAAGAAGGUGCUGGACACCUACUUGCUCUUCUUUCAGAUCAAUCAGUCAACAGCAACUCUACGGCACGUCUUCGCUGCACUCAGGCUCUUUGUUCAAAAGUUUCCCAGUGCUUUCUUCCAGGGUAAAGCAGACCUGUGCGGCUGUCUGUGCUAUGAAAUCUUGAAGUGCUGUAACCAUCGCUCCAGCUCCACCCAGACUGAGGCCGCUGCCCUGCUUUAUUUUUUCAUGAGGAAAAACUUUGAGUUUACCAAGGGCAAGUCCAUAGUCCGCUCACACCUGCAGGUAAUCAAGGCAGUGAGCCAGCUGAUAGCAGACGCUGGCAUUGGGGGCUCACGGUUCCAGCAGUCUCUGGCCAUCAUCAAUAACUUUGCUAAUGGAGAUGCACCCCUCAAGAGUACUCCAUUUCCAGCAGAGGUGAAGGACCUGACCAAGCGGAUCAGGACUGUUCUGAUGGCUACUGCCCAGAUGAAGGAGCAUGAGAAGGAUCCUGAGAUGCUGGUAGACCUGCAGUACAGCCUCGCCAACUCCUACGCAAGCACGCCUGAGCUUCGACGCACCUGGCUGGAGAGUAUGGCUAAGGUCCAUGUUCGCAACGGAGACCUCUCUGAGGCUGCCAUGUGCUACAUCCACAUCUCAGCCCUGAUUGCUGAAUCGCUGAAAAGAAGAGGCUACUGGAGAGCUGACAAGGCCAGGAUGUCCAGUGUGUCCCCUGAGGAAAGCCCUGUCUUUAACUGUAGCUCCUUACUAACUACCUCCCGAGAACAAGACACAUCGUUCUCCAUGGGCUGGGCAGCAUUCAUGUGCAUCAGCCCCAAUGUGAAGGAGGAAGGGGCCAUGAAGGAGGACACUGGCACACAAGACACGCCCUAUACUGAGGACACCCUAGUGGAGCAGCUGGAGCUGUGUGUGGACUACCUGUGGAAAUCAGAGAGACAUGAACUCAUCGCUGACAUCAACAAACCUGUGAUCGCUGUGUUUGAAAAGAGGCGGGAUUUCAAGAGGCUGUCGGAGCUGUACUAUGACAUCCAUCGCUCCUAUCUGAAGGUGACUGAGGUGGUGAACUCAGAAAAGCGACUCUUUGGCCGCUAUUACCGUGUGGCUUUCUAUGGACAGAUUGCGGGUUUCUUUGAGGAAGAGGAGAGUAAGGAGUUCAUCUACAAGGAGCCAAAGCUUACAGGACUGUCAGAAAUUUCCCAGAGACUACUCAAACUUUACUCAGACAAGUUUGGAGCUGACAAUGUCAAGAUGAUCCAGGACUCCAAUAAGGUUAACCCCAAAGACCUGGACCCCAAGUUUGCCUACAUUCAGGUGACAUAUGUGGUGCCCUACUUGGACGAGAAAGAGCAGCAGGAGAAAAGGACGGAUUUCGAAAGACAUCACAACAUCAACCGCUUUGUGUUCGAGACGCCGUUCACGCUGUCGGGGAAGAAGCAUGGGGAUGUGGAGGAGCAGUGCAAGAGACGCACCAUAUUGACCACGAGUUCCAGCUUUCCCUACCUGAAGAAACGUAUCCAGGUAGUGGAGCAGCAGAGCACAGAAAUGAAUCCCAUUGAGGUGGCCAUAGACGAGAUGUCACGUAAGGUCUCUGAGCUCAACCAGCUCUGUAACAUGGAGGAGGUGGACAUGAUACGGCUGCAGCUCAAACUGCAGGGCAGUGUCAGUGCCAAGGUGAACGCAGGGCCUAUGGCCUAUGCCCGAGCCUUUUUGGAGGAGAAAAAUGCCAAGAAAUACCCAGACAACCAGGUCAAACUGCUCAAGGAGAUCUUCAGGCAGUUUGCAGAAGCCUGUGGUCAGGCAUUGGAUGUCAAUGAGCGUCUGAUCAAGGAGGACCAGCUGGAGUACCAAGAAGAGAUGAGAGCUCAUUACAGAGACAUGCUGACUGAACUGUUCGGCAUCAUGAAUGAACAGAUUCCUCAUACAAGACAACCAGGAACGGAGCGGCACAGCACCUACUGAGUGACCAGUAGCUGCACAGGAAAACUGAUUGUGCCACGAAGGACAUUUUUCUCCCUUAAUGGCUACGGUACGCCAAUUUGAGCCUCAGAGUGGCUCAUUUGCUUGUGUCUGACUGUAGUUGUCUCCUGCUGCUGGGAGCAGUGGGCGAGUGGAACGAAGACUGACAGAAAGUGUAGUGAAAACAAGGGAAGAAGUGUGUAGACUGUGGUUGUGGUAGUCUGUAGUCCUGUUGUUGAACGUUGACUAUCUACAGUAGAGGCCAGGCUGCUGAAAAGUUAGCUACUGUUGUUUUGGUUUUAGAGACUCAAUCCAUUUCUAGUAUGGACUUCCCUGCCCUGCCAACCAAACCAUCACCAUACAUCCUGUAUACACAUUUAGACACACACACAAAAACAUACACACAUGUAGUGCAUAUACACAGCCACACACAAGCAUACACACACAUUCACAUGCACAAACAACAUGGGCCUUCUCUCCACAACCCUGUCCCUUUAGAGAACAGUGACCUUACCGAGCUUGAGGUGCGUUCAACUCAACAAACAUUAAAUAAAGCUCUCUGGUGCAUUUUGAUGACAAUAUUUCAAUUAUCUGUGGAGUAUCAUUUUACUUUGAACUAUCUUAAAAGGUCUUGUAAGAUGACUGUAAUGUGAAAAGGAAACGAUUUGGAUCACAUGUCUUAACUAACCAAGCAUCUGAUUGGUUGAACACACCUCUAGUUCCUGUUUGAAUGUAGAGCAGCUCCACAUUGCUACUUUGUAUCCUUACUAACAUUCUGGAAUUCUCAGCUUGCAGAUUUUCAAACGGAAAAGUUUAUGUUUUGUAACAUUUUUAUGAUUGAUAAUUUCAUUGUUACUGUUAUUAUU